CUGCCAGAAUGCCGAACUGGGGAGGAGGCAAGAAGUGCGGGGUGUGCCAGAAAACGGUUUACUUUGCCGAGGAGGUUCAGUGCGAAGGCAACAGCUUCCAUAAAUCCUGCUUCCUGUGCAUGGUCUGCAAGAAGAAUCUGGACAGCACCACCGUGGCCGUGCACGGGGAGGAGAUUUACUGCAAGUCCUGCUACGGCAAGAAGUAUGGGCCUAAAGGCUACGGCUACGGCCAGGGCGCAGGCACGCUGAGCACUGACAAGGGCGAGUCGCUGGGCAUCAAGCACGAGGAGGCCCCUGGCCACAGGCCCACCACAAACCCCAACGCGUCCAAGUUUGCACAGAAGAUUGGGGGCUCUGAGCGCUGCCCCCGGUGCAGCCAGGCGGUCUAUGCUGCAGAGAAGGUGAUCGGUGCUGGAAAGUCCUGGCACAAGAGCUGCUUCCGAUGUGCCAAGUGCGGCAAAGGCCUGGAGUCAACCACCCUGGCCGACAAGGAUGGAGAGAUCUACUGCAAAGGAUGCUAUGCGAAGAACUUCGGACCCAAGGGCUUUGGCUUUGGGCAAGGAGCUGGGGCUUUGGUCCACUCCGAGUGAGGCGGCCUGGCUAUGCCCUGCCCACGCCUGUGCCCUUCCCUCGCCUUCCCAGCAGCCUCAGAGACCUCAGGGUUCUCUCGCUCGCUCUCUCUGCCCUGCCACACAGCACUAAUGACUUGAACUUGGGGUCUGGCUCCCUGUGGUCUGGGAGUCUGCCUGAGGCUCCAUCCACUAGAAGGCUCCCCCUGCCUGGUACCCGACACCCCCACCUGUUGGAGGUCCCAGAGUUUUCACUAAGGUGUGGCCAGUCCCCACCACCACCACCACCUCUGCCUUGGCCUCCCAGCUAAGAGUCCUCAUCCGGGACAAGACACCUCAGCCCAGGGCGAUAGCAGCGCAGGCCUGUGGUCGGGGGGCAGGACCGAGAUGG